AUGCAACGUGGUGAAUCUAACAUAGGUUUCUCUCCAAAGCUAGCAAAGCGAAAGCUGGCGACCAACGAUAGGCUUACAGAUCUUGAAAAGGAUGACAAAGGUGAAAUAGACAAAAGUGGCAGUGCGUCAGAUAUGGCAGCCGGGAGCGGUUCGCUCGAAAGAUUUGAUGACGAAACGAAAAACGGAUUCUUAGUGGAUUUUGAGGAUAAAGAUCCGCAAAAUCCUCUCAACUGGAGGCUUUCUAAAAAGUUGUUUCACACCAUGAUCUACGGUGUUGCUACCUUGGCGGCUCAGUUCAAUUCCACAACCACCGCCCCAUCUGUGACGCAUUUGGCUGACUACUUCGAUGUGAGUAGAGAAAAGGCGUUAUUGGGUACGACCUUAUAUGUCGUAGGUGUCGCGUUUGGGCCAAUGUUCUUUGCACCGCUUUCGGAGAUGUAUGGAAGGAAAGUAGGUGUAUUCGGUCCACUUUUUAUAUCAAUGGCAUUUACAUUGGGAUCUGCGAGCAGCAAGGACUAUUCGUCUUUGCUGGUAACAAGGUUUUUUGCUGGGUUUUUUGGGGGAAGCCCGAUUGUUUCGUCUGGUGGGGUCAUUGCAGACAUAUGGCCAAUUACCACAAGAGCGAUCGCUUUGGUGUUCUACGCAAUGUUCGUUGUGUGUGGGGUCACCGUAGGUCCUGUUAUAUCAGCUUUGCUCACAUAUCAAGUUGGUACUGAUGAAUGGCGGUGGCCGCUAUGGCUAAUCUGCAUUAUUCAAGGAGUUCUGCUGGUAGUGGCGGCUUUGACAGUCUCUGAGUCUUUUAAGGGAGUGAUUCUUGCCAAAAGGGCAAAAAUGAUUCGUAAGCAAUCUGGGAACUGGGCUUACCACGCCAAACAUGAAGAGUGGGAUUUAGAUUUUAGUGAGUAUCUCAGUGUGCAUCUUUUGAGGCCAUUUGCGAUGCUUGCCACUCCGAUUGUGUUUGCGCUUGCAUUGUUUGCUAGCUACGUGUUCGGUAUUUUAUACUUAAUCGUAACUUCCGUGCCUUUAGCCUUUGAGUUAACAAGAGGUUGGGAAGGUACUGUCAGCAAUCUUCCCAUUCUUUCGGUUUUAGUCGGUGUGUUGAUUGGUUGCACUGCCAACAUUUGGGGAGGUCUAAGAUAUAGAAAAUUGCUUGAGAAGAACGAUGGAGUCCCCUUACCCGAGGAAAGGUUUCCACCCAUGAUGAUGUUCGGCUGGUUAAUGCCGGCUGGGAUGUUCAUUUUUGCUUGGACUUCACAGGAGAAAAUUCACUGGAUCGCACCUUGCAUAGGCCUCUCGUGCAUGGCCUUUGGAUUCUUCGUUAUUUUCCAGGGCUGCCUCAAUUAUCUUGUAGACUCAUUUACGAGAUAUGCGGCCUCUGCCAUUGCAGCCAAUACUUUUUUAAGGUCGAUCCUAGGCGGCGUUUUUCCGCUCUUUGGACCAGCGCUUUUCAAAAAUCUUGGGGUGAAUUGGGGUGGUUCGACGAUCGCUUUUAUUGCUCUUGGAAUGAUACCCAUACCUUUCGUUUUCUACGCGUUCGGUUCCAAGAUUCGUUCAAAAAACCCUUACAUCAAGAGAAUCAGUUGA